GUGUGUAUUUUGUGUAGGAUGAGUUUCGUACGGAGAAUGGAGACAGACUGCUAGAAUUGCUGGAAAACACUUUCUCUAUAAAGAUGAGCAUCCCGCAAGGAUCCUGGCUCAUCUUCCUUAGCAAACCCACUCAACAAGACCACCAACUCCUCAUGACUUUAGCCAGCGAGCAGGAAAUCAUUGCACCUAAAGAGGUUCUGUCAAUGCUGGGUGAAAUCAAAAGAGAUCUGUAUGAGAUUGGCAUUCAGAAUUAUUCCAGCGUAAACACAUGCCACUCGAGACCCAGUCAAACCCGCAGUGACUACGGUAAACUAUUUGUGGUUCUGGUGAUCAUCGGGUCGAUCUGUGUCCUUAUUAUCGCUUCUGGAGUCAUCUACAUCUGCUGGCAACGCCGUUUACCCAAACUCAAGAACAUGUCACGAGGUGAAGAGCUUAACUUUGUGGAAAACGGCUGCCAUGACAACCCCACGCUGGACGUCACCAGCGACAGCCAAUCAGAGACACAGGAGAAGAAACCCAGCGCCAAUGGGGUGACGGCGGGCGGAGACGCAGGAAGCGGAUGGCAGGUGCUGGUCAACAAACCCGGAAAAGAGGAGGAAGACAACCAGGAGGAAGACACUCACCUUUAAUCCCGAAACCAGUCAGCAUGGAAAAGCAGUAUUGCGUUUGAGACUAUGAAGGCAGCAAACAUUUUCAAGCUUUUUCAAAACAUCCGCUCUAUAAUACGUGAUGUGUUUUGGCUUGUGCGACAUUUUCCUUUAUCUGCAUUUAACGUUACGAAGAUUAAAUUCAGAUGGACUGACGUGCUUUAAACGUGACUACUGCGGCCCGGGACGUUUUUGCGUGCGGGAACAAAUCAUUAGGAUUUAUUGAAAUUGAAUGUGUCAAACAAUCAAUAGGAUAUUUUAGAAUUUCAAAUCGGUUCAAAUAUCUUGGAUGUUUGGUCUGAGAAAAAGGAUUUCUUGCACUGUAAAAUGAAAAUAGUUUAACAAAAUUGAAACUUCUGUCAUUUUUUACUAUGGUCCGAUUCACGAUUCACGUCACGUUUCCGGCUGACGUCAGAGGUAUUCAGGCCAAUCACAACGUACAGAUUAGCUGGUCAGAUGAGUUUGGUACAAAAUCAGUGCUUCAGGAAGACAAGGAAACCUGGAGCCACAAAAAUGUACGGUAUGUGGAAAAUAAUGUGUUUUUGAACCAUAAACCAUUUGUAUUUGUGAACACGAACACAAAUACACAAAAUAACGUUGAUUUUAAGCGUUGAUUUUUCACACAAUUAUUUUUCGUUUUCGUCACGCAAUGAAACCUUUCACACACAAUCUGGUGCUUAUUUACGAGCCCCUAAGGUGAUCUAAAGUUUAGUUUCAUGUGCUCAGAUUUUUUUUUUUAAAGUUAAGUUUCGCGUGCGCAUGUGAAACUAUCGUGUGCGCACGUGAAACUAAACGCGAUAGUUUCAUAUGCGCACACGAUAGUUUCAUGUGCACGCAAAACUAAAUGCAAGAGUUUCACGUGCGCACACGAUAGUUUCACGUGCGCACGUGAAACUAAACUUAGUUAAAUUUUUUCUCCAUGUCCCCUUAGGGGCUCCGUACUUAUUAAUUAAUCAGUUGCAAAAAAUUCGCAAAACAGUACAAAUGGACGUUAUGUCAGAUGAAAUUCUCGAUUUGCCUUUCGCUUGUACGGUGGCUCUAAACAUUAAAACAUCUCUCAAAAUGCUCCAGAUGUUGAAAAACGCUGAAAAUUUAUUUAAGCCAAUCCGAAUUUUUAAAUGAUGCACAAAAGUUUUGGAGGCAGUGUGUAAAUAUGCUAUUUUAUUUAUGAACAUUUCAGACGAUAAUUUCAUACUUUUUGCAAACAUCAUUAGCCUCGUAACUGAAUUCAUAUGAUAGCUUUGUGUGCAUUUUAGAUUAAUAUUUCUUUUAAACAUUUGGUUUUGAGAUGGCGUUUUGACCUAAUGUUAAUUUUACAGGCAUGGUGAACUCAAAUGAGGCUGAGAAAAUGACAGAAUUUUCAUUUUUGGUAAACUGUUUCUUUAAAAACAUGAAUACUUGACGAAGUUGAUUGUAUGAAGGGAUUUCUUGAAGGUUUUAACAGUGUAUCUCUAACAAUACACUAUAAACAUAUUUUUAUUCAAUUCAAUGCAAGUAUUUAGUUGCAUCUUGUGUUAGACAUGCUGAAUGCUGGAUGGACGACUGUCACCUCGCCUCGCUCCGUUAUCAUGUAUCGGAAUGGCUCUGUGUUGGAUCAGUGUUACUCUUUAAGGUUUAUAUAUCGCACAUUUAACGUUUCAAAACACCAACAGAAACAUGAUUCACCAUCCUCUCAUUCAGUGAAGAUCAAUCUCUUUGACGCUUACGUUAUCAGUGUUUGGUUGGAAAAUGUUAGCUUUAAUUGCCAAAAAAACAAAAAGUGAUUGAUUACAACCCUGCCAGAAAAUUCAUCUUGAAACAGAUGCCAAACCCAUCCAGCAGGGUUCAUUGUUUAUAGUGGUGAUCUUGUUUAUUUGUUUGUCAGAAAACAAUCUCUCUGGUUUAUUUGUCUCGCAAUGAAAAAGCUUUUCUGGUUUUACUCAUAAGUGCAUGAAACACUGUAGUAUUUAAGUCUAUGCACAUGCCGGGGGUCGACUGAUUAUACACAUUUAAAUAAACGUAAACAGUUAGUAUUGAAAUACAUAGGAAACACUAAACAUAUGUGCAUUUUUCUUUGAGUAGUUUUCUUAUCAAGGCUUGAUGUGUAGGAGAAUUCGACGCCUGUGUAAACGCUUACAUUUCGUACCGUUUCCGUCUCUGUACGAGAGCUGUUAGCAAAUUUGCACUUUUUUGCAUUUUGUAUCUCGAUUUGCUUAAUGUAUCUGAUUGUAACGAGAUUUAGAUCUCGCUGAUUUCUGGUAAUUUUAUGUUACACCAUCUAUUGAAAAGGUAAAAAAUAAAUGUUUUGAGAAGU